UUCGAACCAUGUCUAAGUAUCCGCAACGAGCCCUAGCUGAGAGGAAUAAGACAGUACAGAUGAAAAAUAGCAUGGAGGACAAGAUCCUUAGACAAAAACUCGAGUCGAUCUCGCGAGAAAGAGGUUUCAUUGACAAAGAGUUACGUAGGAUAUCUUUGGCGAAGGAAAGCCUGGUUGAAAGCCUCGAUCGAUACACCAGGCCGUCUAAAAUAGUGACAAAGCGUUUGAGCUUGCCAUGUUUGGCUGAUGGAAGAAGAAAAGAUAGCCUCGCGGGUCGGACUGGCGGUUUACGUAGAAAUACUGUUGAUACAGUUGAAGAUCUCCGCAGAACUUUCGCAGAAUGCAAACAGCCCCUAAAACCACUGGGAUGUGUUCAAGAGCCAGCGCCCGGUUCAAAAAAAGUCUCUGCAAUACCCAGUAAUAAGGUGGGUCGUCCUCCCGAACGAAAAGACCGCGCUCUAAGUCCGCUUCAUAUCACGCACAUGGAAACCUCAAAAGAUGUUUUAGAAAUCCGUUGCACAAGUCCUGUGACCGCCUCCUUGAUCCAGACAGGUAUUAUCCCGGCUCAAGAGAGGUCGGCGCUUUAUUCUCGUCAGAACAGCUCCAACGAAAUCCCCCUUCGUCUUCCCAAGAUAUCCGGAACUUCCUGGAGAAAGAUUUCUACGGGUCAGGCAAACCCCCCGCGCGAUGGAAUGCUGGCUACAAAUUUGAAAAGCAAGUUCCGUCAGAUCGGAUCAGUUGUUAUGGCGACUGCGAUUUUACGGGUUGCACACGAAGGGCGGAAGGAAAAAUUUGGUAAAAAAUGAUCAAGCUGAAGGUAUGGACUUAGACACCGGUGAGGACGCGAUAUAACUUAUACUUAGUUCUUAUUAACCGAGCGGGAAGGUCUGUAUGGGA